AUGAGCUGUAAGUCACCCUCGAUCCGCCAGGCGCUCUCGAGCUUCGUUACGACCAUGCUCAACCGCCUACAUGGGCAGCCCGAGAGCUACGACAAGAAAGCCAAGUACCGGUUUGGACGCACCCUAGGUGCCGGCACAUAUGGCAUCGUCAGGGAGGCAGACGGCCCCGAUGGCCGCGUCGCGAUCAAGAUCAUCCUAAAAAAGGUCGUCCGGGGCAAUGAGCGCAUGGUUCUCGACGAGUUGGACAUGCUCCAGCGCCUCAAGCACCCGCACAUUGUCAAGUUCGUCGACUGGUUUGAAUCAAGGGACAAAUAUUACAUUGUAACUGAGCUCGCGACUGGAGGAGAGCUAUUCGACCGAAUCUGUCAGCAGGGCAAGUUCACCGAGAAGGACGCAUCCCAGACCAUCAAACAAGUUCUGGAUGCUGUCAACUAUCUGCACCAGAACAACGUCGUCCACCGCGACCUCAAACCCGAAAAUCUCCUCUAUCUCACCAAGGAUCCGGAUUCGGACCUUGUUCUUGCCGACUUUGGCAUUGCGAAGACGCUCGAUACCAAGGACGAGGUGCUCACAACCAUGGCUGGGUCGUUUGGCUACGCGGCGCCAGAGGUGAUGCUCAAGCAGGGCCACGGCAAGCCCGUCGACAUGUGGUCCCUGGGCAUCAUCACGUAUACGCUGCUCUGCGGCUACCCACCCUUCCGUUCCGAGCACCUCCAGGACCUCAUCGACGAGUGCAGUGCUUGCCGGGUGGUGUUCCACGAGCGGUACUGGAAGGACGUCAGCGACGAUGCCAAGGACUUUAUUCUGAAACUGCUGCGUGCGAAACCGGAGGAGCGUUGGACAAGCGAGCACGCCCUCACCCACCCCUGGCUGAGCGGCAAGAACGCCUCGGACCACAACUUGCUGCCCGAGAUCCGCGCCUAUCUCGCACGCGCGCGGCUGCGGCGCGGCAUCGAGAUGGUCAAGUUGGCCAACCGCAUCGAGGCGCUCAAGAUGCAGGAGGAGGACCCGGAGAACUCAGACAUGCCCAAGGACGCCACAUUAGCAGCGGACCAAACGCGCCACUUUACGUCUACCGCUAAGAAGGUUGAGCCAAACAGUGCGCCUCCUGCUGGAGACGGCAGCGAAGGCGGCGGCGGCGGUAAGCGCAAGCUGUCCAAGACUAUCAAGAGCGCCAUCUUUCGCGAGGUGGUCCUGGCCAAGGUGCGGGAGAUGAAGGAGCAGGAGGAGACGCUGAAGGUGGCGGGGGAGGCAUCAAAAAAGGCUUGA